CACACUGCUUUGUAUGGCUCUCGUGAGCACAGCCAUGCAAAGCAGUGUGCUUACAGUGAAGCACACAGACACAGCCCCAUAGUAAAACACACCCGGCACACAGUUAACCCUUUGAUCGCCCCAGAUGUUAACUCCUUCCUGCCCAGUGCCAUUAGUACAGUGUCAGUGCUUUUUAUUAGAACUGAUCACUGUAUUGGUGUCACUGGGGAUGUCAGUGACACCAAGUCAGUUCCCCCCAGUGUCAGAAUGCCCGCCGCAGUUCCUUUAUAAGUCGCUGAUCACUGCCAUUACUAGUAAAAAUAAA